CCCACAGUGUACCUGUUUUGACAGUUCAUACGUCUGAUUGUCGGCUGUCGAAGCAAACGUUUCGUCGGCUUUGCUUUAUGUAUAUGUGUGUGUAUGCACAUACAAAACGUCUGAUCGUCGGUGCUACAACCAAAAUCGCCAUUUUUGUCUUGCUCCAAAAUCUACCCGUCGUUCCGGAACCGACUUUAAGCUGGAUUUUACGGUGGUUGGUAGAUCUAAUCGACUGCGUCGAACUCUCGACCCUUUCCUGAAAGGGUCGUAUAACGUGCUAACGCUGCCCAGGACUAUGUUGGAGUUCUAGAGCGCCUAGUGUAACACGGUCAAAAGUCGGCUGCAAAAUCCCAGCACAGCGCUCCGCUCUGCCUGACCAGUGUACGUGUGUAUAUGUGUGUGCGUUUGCUGUUGUGCUCUGUGUAUUUCUUAAAAACGGACUCCUUGCUAGGUCUCGUUCACGCUUGUUUGCUUGUGCUUUCCGCAGCUCAAUACACACACACACACGCACACAAACACAAGCACAGCGCGUGAGAUCAGCAUCAGAACUUGGCCAGUCGAGUUGGCCGCGCACGAAGGGGAAAGGUUUUGCAUCAACAGCUGUGGAAGGAAGCCGGGACGAGAACGUAGCGAGAAGAUAGCUUUUAACCAAAGUCGCUAAAUCAACAGGAGCACCAGUAGUAGUGGCUACGUGUUUGGGAAAAUUGAGCAUAAUCAUCUAGUGAUACUACGAAGAAAAAGAAACAUCGUAAUCAACACAUCUACACGACUGUAAACCAAGGGUUACCAUCCUUCGAACCAAUCCCCGAUUUCUUCAUUGUACAGCGAGUGAAGGAUGAGGGUGCUGCUGGCUGGACGUACGCUGAUAGUGCAACGACAACCGAUCAAGCAACAACACAAAUGUCUGUAUCAAGUGUUGUAAGAAGCGAAAAGUAAGCAAGACAAAGAAAAGUAAACCUCCACCACAGCUAUUUCAGCAUCGCGGAAGGCGUCGGGAACAGUGGGAACGUGGAAGAAGAAGUAAGAAGAUCUCCCAAGCAACGGAAAGAAAUCACACAUGGACGGAGAGUGGUGCUGUUUGACACUGCCCAGAGUUGUAGUAUGUUAUUGAUGGAAGAAAGUCGGCACAAAAUCGUGAAAAAGUAGGCUGCAGCAGUGGAGAGUUUGAUACCAACAACAAUAUUAGCAUCGCGACAUGGCGUCCGAUACGGAGGAUGAAUUGCUGCCAACCACAUCGGUCAGCGCGGCAUCAGCGUCAACUACGUCGGCAACUAGGGCUGGUCGACGGUUGCGAAACCGAAACGUGCUGAACGUAGAGGACAGUGAUAACGACAGUAGCGGAAGUGGACCAAUCGCUGGUCCUAGUCGGCGUCGGACGGUACCGGUCGCCAAGAUGGACCUGGCCUCAGAAAGCUCGGAGUGGGAAUCUGAUUGGAACAGUGACGAAGAACAGCUGCUGGAAAAGGGUGACAAGGAUGCGGUGGCGGCCGUACUGGCAAGUAAGCUCGGUUACGCCUCAGACGAAUCAAGCGGUAGUAGCAGUAGCAACGACAGCGAAAAAUGUCCCAUCUGUCUGCUGUCGCUUCACAAUCAGGAGGUCGGCGUACCGGAGGUUUGUGAGCACGUAUUCUGUGCCCCGUGUAUCGAGGAAUGGUCACGCAACGUAUCCACCUGUCCGAUCGAUCGGAAAGGCUUUGAAUUGAUCAACAUCUAUGCGGAUUUGGAGCGGCGGCAACAACAAAAAGAGGUACUACGGGUGUAUCGCGUCCAACCGAAGCCGGCCGAAGGGGAACUGGAUGGUCCGGGUGCGGAAGGUGUAGGGUUGGUCGCUCCAGUAGAGGAUGAACUGACGUAUUGUGAAGUGUGCAGGCAGGCACACAGCGAGGAAACGAUGCUGCUGUGUGACUCAUGCAAUCUCGGCUACCACAUGGAGUGUCUCAAUCCGCCUUUGCUUGAGAUCCCAUCCGGUUCAUGGUAUUGCGAUUGCUGCUUUGCAUCCGGCUCGGACGAGGACGACAACGAGCUGCAGGAUCUAUUGGACGAUCUGAACGAGAUCGGCGGUAUGAGAGAAUCCCGGCUACGGCAGCGCAUCCACAGUCCAUUGCGGAUUGUGCGGACACGCCAGAGUGAACGUAUAAGGGCGGCAAUUUUAACGCGAGCAGCCGCAGCGGUACGAUUGAACAUGGUGCAAAGUUCACCCGAUGGAGCUGGACCAUCGACGGUGGCGGCAAGGGUACGUCGGUUGGCCGCUGGUUCUUCCGCCCACGGUGGUAGUAGCAGUAGCAGUAGUCUAGUUGCGGUCGCAGCACCACCACGUGCCCGCAAGACAGUAAAGCGGAAGAGGCGGCGUCGCACACGGCGAAAAAUUCUCAGCAUGAUAAUCUCCGAGUACGACGUGGAUGACAACGACAACGGAACCGGCGUAGGAGGGCCCGGUGAUGGACAAAAGUUUGCGAUCAAGCGCAAAAAGCUGUACAGUACACUGAGGAAGCUGCGCAAGAAGCGUGCGAAACGAAGGAAAAGUACCGGAGUUGGUGGGAUGGGUGGAAGCAGACGGCGUGCAGCGGCUGCUGCAGCUGCACUGGCCGCCAACGGUGAAAACGGUGAUCUUUUGAGGUCAACAAAUGCAAUGACGGAUUCGGUACAGCGGCAACGCAUCGGUACAGGCAUAACGCCACUGAAGAUAUUCGGUGGUCGAAACGAUCUGGACUACUUCAGCGAUGACGACGACGAGGAGGAGGGCAGCAGUACCGGAGGUGGUACGGGCGGUACCGGCGGAUCGACAUUGGUCGCAGGUGGUGCGAUGGGUUCGCGCUUGCGAAAUGUGCUCGGACGCAGGCGAGUAUUGAAAAGUGGUUUUGAAAGUUUUAGCACACCUUCACCGGGAGAAGCUGCAUCGGUCGGAUCGGAUCUGCUCGGUAGCAUACUUGAGAGUCAAGAGCGAUGGCAUUCGCGUGACGGACUGCGAAACGUUCGCAUCAACGGUGGAAAAAUUGUUUUCCCUCAUGACCCAUCACAUAAUGCUGAUCGCCGGCGGGCACCUCCUGCUGGACCGAGCGGAAAUGCGAGAGAAUCAAUUAUUACGGGAGCAGUGAAUGUGGCUGCUAAUACACCUGGGAGCAGUGCGACCACUCAAACCAUACCGGCCGGUGGUAGCAGUAGUGGAAAUACCAGCGGGCCACCCGGAUCCAACUCAUCCUCGAAUAGCAUCGUCACCAAUGGUACUGGUGGUGGUGGAAUGAGCGGUGCAAGUGGUAGUAGUACUAAUACUAAUGCAUCAGCCGCUUACACCGGUUCUUCCGACAACGUAUUAAUAGGUUCCCCAUUGAGCGGCAAAGCGUCCGCCACAACCGCAGUAGCGUCGGGUAGCAAGCUGAAAAAGGAUGACGAAACGGAUGAAGAGGAGAACGAACUGUCCCAGGAGAAUAAGACUGUUGCCGGUAGUCGACUGCCGAAAGGGCUAUCCCAUCAUGAUGUGGAUGCUGAUGCGGGAACCGGUGUGGCAGCCGCUUCCGAAAAUAACUGUCCCAAUUUCUCGGUUUAUUCGUCGGAGACGCUGCAGUACGCGAAAGGUGGCGCUGAUGGAAACCAACCGUACGAUCCGCUCGAUAGUGAACAGCGCACGGAUGACGAAGAGGAUGAUCGCUUUGCUGGCGAACGGGACGAAGAUUUGGUGCAGCUCGAUGAUGACGAUAUGGACGGCGAACCGUACACGGAUCCGAAGCAAAGUGCUGUAAUCAACGAAGGAACCGCAAAUGGAGAGGAUGAAUUGGCAGCAGGACCAACAGCAGCAGCUGCCAGCAGUACGCCUGGUACUGUCGAUAAUGUUGACGAAAACGACGAAGGUACACCGGCCCGUGAUGAGUUCGAUUCGGACAGUGACGAUGAGCUGAAGAAAAUAGAGGCAGAUUCGAAUCGUGGUGCGGAUGGGCGGCGUGGUGUUGGUGGGCUAGAUGCGCUGACUCCACCCUUAACGACAUCGCUAGUCGCGGCUUUGGGAGCUUCGGGUGCAGCAAUGGCAGCCGCUUCGGCAAUCGCAACAGCUAAUUUCGGCGCACCGGCCGGUUUGCUGGCAACGACAGAGGACGACCGUAGCUACACGCCCUGCCUGGAUGAGAAAUAUCAAGAGCGCCGGGAGUUGAUCGAUGCUGGUGAAGGUUCAUCUGGUGAGUGUACGGCUUUGCUGGAUGCAUCGUCGCGCUUUCGCAGCCAGGGCAGUGCUAUCGAUUCGGCCGGCAUUGAUGGCAUGGAUACAGAGAUGAUCUCCGACGAAGAUGAUUCAGCGUUUGCUGAUGCAGCAGCAGCAGCGGCAGCGGCAGGAGAUCGUGUAGGCGGUGGUCCAUCCACCUCCAAAGGUGGGACAGCUGGCCAAUCAUCGAAAAGGAAAGAGCAACUGGCCUCCUUCAAGAAGGUAACGAAAAAAGGCCGCGAACGCAACUAUCGCGAGAAGGAGGCAAAGAAACGAUCGUCUAGAGACCGAGGACGGCGGGGAAACAAUACUAGUGAGCACGGUGAUGCAGAAAGAGGCGCUCGCAAUGGAAAUGGUGAUGGGGACAGUGGGGCUGAAGGUAGCAAAUCAGCCGAUCGUCGGAAUCGACCACGUCGUCCAAAGCGGAAAGAGCUACCUCGUUACGAUAUUCGGUCGAUUAUUGCCGAAAAAAGACCCCGCAUCUAUAAAGAUCCCUUCGGGAGAGAUAUUACACCGAAGCGACGGUCACGUACACGUUCACCCACACGCAGCCGGUCACGCGAACGGCGCAACAUGUCUAUUUCACUCUCACCGGAACCACUGCCGGCAGUAAGAACUCGUGGUCCUGCUUCUGGGUUUUCUUCCGCUCGUAGGCGCUCCCUAUCUCCAGCGCUUCCACCACGCCACCGAGGACGGUCACCGCCACACGGGGUACGUUCACCUGUGCCCCCGUUCCGUCGGUCACCUCACCGAUCCUCAUCCCGAUCGCGAUCCCGCUCGAGAGGCGGUGGUGGAGGUGUCGGACGCUCUGGACCGCUUGGACUGCGGUCACUUUCUCCCCGAUCACCGCCACUUCGUGGUCGCUUCGGGCGUUCUCCGCGCUCACGAUCCCUAUCUCGCUCGCGCUCUCAUUCACCGCCUGGGCACCAUCGUCCGGCUGCAGUGCGUCGAGGAAGCUUUCGACGAUCGUUAACACCUUCACGUUCCCACUCACCGCCGGACCGACGAGUUGCUAGAACUAAAAAGAAAGGCAAACGAAAGAAGCGAUUAGUGUCUGCUAGCCGUAGCAGAAGUCGCAGCCGUAGCAGGAGCCGCAGUCGCAGUAGGAGUCGUAGUCGCAGUCGAAGUCGAAGCCGUGGCCGCGGUCAUAAAGCAUCACUAGCGGCGCGGAACGUUGGCCGGAAGAAGAAGAACAAAAUCCGUCGCAGUGUGACCCCUCCGCCGGUGAAGAACGUGGGUAAGAAGCAAAAGAAAAGAAAAGAACGAAAAAGAUCACUUUCCCCGUUGGGAUCACGUUCGCGGUCUCGCACACCACCAACAGCACCACCUUCCGCAUCCGGCAUACUUACCGAGCGAUUUGCCAAAGGAGGAACGUUAGGAGGAGGAGGAGGAGGAGGCGGAGCAGGAGGACAACGGCAUCGGGAUAACUCCUGGACACCUCCACCGCUUCCAUCACUGGCUAGCUCCCGUGCAAAAACCAACGGACCGGCAUCAUCUGCAACGGGUGCAGCGAAUCUUACGGUAAUUCUCACGAACGAAGAAGCGCUAGCGAAGCAGCAAGCGGAAGCGUUGCACGGUGGCAAAGAACGGGACGGAGGGCGCAGCAGUAAGCAGGCGCGGAAGGAGGCGCGACGGCGGGAGCGGGAGGCCCGCGAGAAGAAUGCCACUCUGCCCUCGAAGGAAGUAUUUACAUCGGGUGAUAAUAUUCUUGUAAGUGUUAGCUUUAACGAUAAGAGUGCGUCGUCGGUGGUGGGAUCGGGAACGGGCAAGGAUACCAGCGGACAGGAUAAGACGCGCACGGCGAAUGUACCGGCAUCUGAGCAUUCGCGGCAUCACCACCACCAUCAUCAUCAUGGCCUUGAGCGAUCGAGCGGUGGUAAGCAGCAGCAGCAGCAGCGACAAACCGAUCCGGCUACGGUGGCCGGUUCCGGUGCGUCUGGUAAGCGGCAGCGACCAACAGAAGGCGAGCGGCCAAAGACUAAGCGACUCGAUGGUCGGCUAAAGCAACGAACCCGCCCUGCCGUCGAUAUUCCAUCGAAACCGGUGGUAAUUAUCGAUCUGGAUGGAUCACCAUUCCGCGUUUUGACACCGUCACCGAAAGCCGUCAUCGUGUUGUCCGAUAGCGAUACUGAAAAGGACAAAGAGCGGCGUGGUGGUGGAGUGGCGAUCGGUAUCGCCGGUAGUAAUGCGGGCGGCUCUGCGACCGGUGCAAACAUCGACGCAGUAGGAAACGUAGGUCCAUCAAUGGGGCAGGAAAAGAACAGCAAUGCCGGGGGUGUUGGAUUGAUGUUGCGAAGUGGUGGAGCCCCUGGAAGUACGCUCGGACAAUCGCUUGGACUAAUGGAUGGACCAAGUGCGAUGGGAGCGGGUAGCGCAGGUGGACUAUCAGCGGUUGGUGCGGUAGCUGGCACGUCCAGUUCAAAUGGUGGAGUGCUGAGAAAAACGCCACCCGAACGACGCUCACCCGUUGAUGACAUGUUUGGACCGAAAACCCCACCUGGAUUCCCCACCAGCAGUGGUGCUGGUGGUGCUGGUAUUGGAAACCAACAAUCGCUAAAAGCACUGCAAGCACCAAAGUUUUCGAUGCAGGUCAAAACCAAGUCUAGCAACGUUCGACCGGUCAACCCACUGUACGAUCCAGGCGAUUUGGACGAAGGCAAAGAAGAUAGCCCGGAACGGCAGGAAGGUGCGGCAGUAGGUGAGGGAACCAUCGGUGAGGAAAGUGGUGAUUUGCCACAGUCGCAGGGAAGCUUAGGAAUGAGUUAUGGGGCGGGUAGCAUUGUGGGCGGCACAAUAGCAACCGUAGGACCGAAUACACCACCGGAACCUGCACCCCAGUCACCUUCACCCGAUGUGUACGAUCCUUUCGAGCCGACGAAAUCACCUUCACCGUCGCCGACUCCCGGUGGUUCAUCGCGUGACCGAUCCGAUGCACUGUCGAUUGGAAGGCUUUCCGAUGAAGAACAGCCGAAGACGACGAAUAGAGAAGGUCCGGUGUCGGGUUCGGUAGCUGAAGGUGGUAUGAUGCUGCUGGACAGUGGCACCUCUGCUAGUGCCGUUGGUUCAAGCGAUACCAUGAACGGCGUUAGCGUCGGAAAUGGGGCGGAUGUGGUACAUUCGCGAACACCUCCACAGUCGCUAAUAGGACGAAGCAAUGGCAACACUGGUAAGGUACAAGUGCUCAGCAAUAUUGUCCUGGGUGGAUCGGCAACGAACUCGAACGCGAAAGUAUCCGAUCCGGCCGGUACCAAUUCCGAUUCGGACGUGAUCUUUGACGAGUUUGUACCAUCAUCGAGUGGACCGAAUAAUAACCUGAUCGCAAAAUUGCCACUUCCACUGACCGGAUCCGCUGGCCAAGGCCAGCAGGGACAGGCCGGUGGUAAGUUCGGUGAUUUCAUGAACCCGACCGACUCACCCUACUCGCCGGGUGCGAGUGAUUUCGACGAUUUGUUUGAACCGCCCGGUGGUGCGAGCAUGGAUAUGCUGGAUUCCCCACCAAUGCAUACGCAUUCCGGCAAGCAGCAGUCUAACCAUCAGCAACAGUUGAAUGCGAACGCGCAACUUCCCGUGGGACGAGCAUCAAAAACGAUGCCAACGACGAAGGCGGCUAAAAAAUCGACCAACCAGUUCGACACCCUGUUUGGCUCAUCGCCGAACCAGCAUCACGGUGGUAAGACGGGUCGCAACCGGAAAGGUCCACACAAACGCUCGAAGGGAGGAAAAUCCAACCAAAAAGGUGACACUGCUAAUGACGAAGAUCCGUCUAAGUUGUCGGAUAAGGAGAAGUACCUGAAGAAACUCAACCGUCUCGAACGCGUCGUCGAGGAGGUCAAACUGGUCAUCAAACCGUAUUAUAACAAGAAGCAAAUUAACAAGGACGAAUACAAAGAUAUUUUGCGUCGUGCGGUACCGAAGAUCUGUCACAGCCGCACCGGCGAGAUAAAUCCCAUCAAAAUACAGAAGCUCAUCAAGGCGUACGUGCGUAAGAUACGCGCAAAGCGGCGCCUAUCGAAGAAGGGUUCCGGUGGUGGUGCCAUUGGUCAGCUUGGAUUACCAAUGGCAAACAACAAUGCAAUCAUACUCUAAAACCGAAGCAAAAGGGCUAAAGCAAAUGUGUCUAUAUAUCCCGAUUCUCAAACCUGUAAGUGAAAACAUGCGGGAAGCGGUACAUAAAUGGGUAUAAACAUCUCAUACCCCGCCCGAACCGUAUGGGCGAUAAGACAGAACAAACUAAUUCAGCUAUGAGGAGGAUGUACAGUCACCGGUUGCUGUAGGGUUAAAUAAUAGCAAAGCUGGAAGUGAACAAAAUUAGCGAAAUCAUUAACAAUUAUUCCACACGAUAAAAUAGCAGAAGAGAUAAAGCAACAGGCAAGGAGGUCGGAAGACGAAAUUAUGAGCGGAAAGCGAAUGAAGAGUGUAAAAAUUACAAACCGCUUAUCGUAACAAGUCUCGUUUAGCAAGCAGUGUGUACUUUAGGUAUUUUUAAUUAAUCGGUAAUGAUUAGUGCUAAGAUUAGGUUUAUUUUUGAUUAGUUACGAUUGGUAUUUUAUUCACCACCCCCGCCCUUGUCGUUAGUUUUCUGUACAGACGUAAGGCGAAGUAUGUAUUAGGAUAGAAUGUUGAAAACAAUUCGCAAUGGCGCUUGAUAUGAAGCCGAGCGGUGUUCCCCGGGCCCAAUUACACUUGAUGGUAAGGGAUUGAUUUAUUUCAAAAUUUACCCACCCAUCAUCUUCCUUCCAUUCAAAAGUGUACUUUCCUUUGUGCGGAUUCGACUGUAUGUUGCCUAUUUUAGAGAGAUAGAGAGAGAGAGAGAGUGAAGAUAGAAUUCCAUUGUGGGAAAGUAGCUGACAUUUCGUACUGUUCGCCUGUGGUUUUGAGUUCAAAUCAUGCGUUAGUGCAUGAAAAGGACUAUGAUGAGGAAAGAAGAAGCAACAUUUAAGCGAGAGAAAUAGUAAGAUCGUAUACAAUUACUUAUGGCGAACCGUUUCAAGCGAAAGUAAUUAGAAACAAGGAGUGCAUUAGAAAUUUUAAGUACAGCAGCAAUGGUUGUACACAUUUGUGCGUGUGUACAUGUGUGCGAUUGUCCUGUCUUGAGUCUAGUGUAUACUAUUGAAAGUUCACUAAAACCCCCCCCCCCCCGAGAUGCUUCAGAUACAUUGAUAAAGUUAAGAACAAACCACAUUGUUUUAGUUGCAGACGAAUUGGCAAACAGAAUAUAGUGCAUACUAAUAAAAAGCAAGUACAGCAAAACUAAGAAUAGAACAAAAGAUAAACAAAAUCGAAUGUUAAACACACUUUAUGUACGGUACGCUCCAUGUUUGCAUACUGCGUGCAUCAGCGCGGUUGCGUGUAACAGUAGUAGUGAAUAGAAAUAGUAACGUUAGAACCUAUUAGAACCCAGUCCUUGUGUGUAGUAAACAGUAACGCUGAUUGUAGGGGUGAUUGUCCGCUAGAUCACAAUUGUAAGUAUGGAAAUGGAUAGUGCAUAAUGGAAGCGCAUCCUUGAACGUAACAAGUGUGUGUUUUCAGCACUAGAGCAGCGUCAACCGACCGAUUGGUUCAUUUUGAUUUGUCAACGGUUUCAUAUUCUCCGUUGCACGACGGUAGGAGAAUUUGAACACGUGCUACUAGGCUUCCUUUACGCGCGAGCAAUGCAAAUGGGUUGCAAAUUCAUCAACCAUGGUUCGCACACUGCAACUGUGUUGUGCGGCAUUAGAAUAUAAAAGAAAAACAAAACAAAACACAGAUGUAACAUUUAAGAUAUUUAUAGAUUGGUUGUAUUAUAGAAAAACAAAAGCAAACGGAAAACUGUUGCGGCGGAGGAAAACUAGCGAAGUGUUACACACACACACACACACAUUCAAUAGAGAUAAAGCAAAAAAAAGUGUAAAAGCCGCUUAUUAUAGAUUCUCCCAGUGGGUGUGAUAAAGCAAGUCGAACAGUUUAGACGCUGCGAGUAAUUGCAAUCCAGAUAGAACCUCUCUAACUCUAUAUUUCGCACCCUACUAAAAGGAUUAAUAUACCUAUUUAUUACCAAUAAUAUCCACUGCACACAGUCACCGCCCCAGCAUAUAAGAUACACAGCCACACAUCUUGGCUAGCGCGAAACAUAAUAAGUGAUAAGCAGCAGAUAGUGUACUGGUAAACCGCUGCUAAAGUAGACGCAGCUAAUAUGAUGGUCCGAUUGUUCCGGCAUAUUGUAGGCAAGGAAGAAACAAAAUAGAACUGUACGUGGUUUUCGUGGCUCAAUUAAAUAUGCGAUGGAAUCCUUAUUCGCUCACGAGCCGAAGUCAACCGUGCGAAGAACUGAUGGUUUUUGCAGUAAAUUAACCGGAUAAAGAUUAUAUUUAUGAGCGGUUUCUAGAAAUCGGCGUCGUAUUUUCUAAUGUUCUAAUACACUUGCUCUUUGGAAUUAUUGCGCAAAAGCAUCAGUGAUGAAGAAAGUAAAUAGGAGGGGAAAAAAAACGAAACAACCGGCCACAAAAAAGGGGCCUGUGGUGUGACGUGUGUCAAUAGCAGAAUCGGGAUGCAGUACGGUAUGGGACGGGCGAACCAUCAUAGGGUAUUGUAAUCUUCUCUACCAUAGAGUCACGGAAAAUUGGAACUGGAAAGAAAAACUUGGUUUAAUAAAACAUGCUACUAUUUAAGCAAAAUGAAAAACGAAACAAAAAAAAACCAAAAUGCAUUUUGUAUUGCAGAAAUGGGGGAAACCGAAAGCUAAAAAUGUUUAACGCGAGUAACAAAUAUGCCGUUCUUCAACGCUUCUUUUCUCGUUUGCGUUUGAUAAGGUUGUCACUGAACCUUGAUUAACGUUAACGUUGAUAACAAGUUUUUUCAAAUAUAGAAACGAGUUAAUUGCAUAUUGUAAA